CUACUGUACCUCAGGACCAUUUACUGCGCUGUAGUCAAUGUGGCGGAAGCUUUAGCACUUGUACUGAGUCUGGUACUGAUGGUGCUGGUGUUAGCAAUGUUGAUUAUGUCUUAUACAUAUCUGCUGUUAGUACUGGCUCAUGUGCUAAUGGUGGGUCUACCAUUGCUUUUGCUGGAGCUUGUCAAAUGGAAGAUGAGUAUGACAGGCCGAUUGCUGGGUACAUAAACUUCUGCUCUGGAGGCAUUACAAGUGCUAGUAGUGACCUAUUCAUAUUCACUGUGGCUAAGCAUGAAGUACUACAUGCUUUGGGAUUCUCAAACGGUCUGUUUCCAUGGUUCAGAGAUGAAAAUGGUAACCCAAGGACUCCCAGAAAUUCAAAUGGAUUUCCCCCAUCAGCUUCAGGAGGUGGUUACAUGGCUUCCAAUAAUACGGUUAGAGUGGUCACAUAUGACGACUGGUGGACAAAGGAUGGAGUUGUUAGUAAAACAGUUACUUUGUUAGUUACUCCGAAAGUUGUGGAAACAGGAAAGAUUCAUUUUAAUUGUAGUUCUCUAGAAGGAGUGCAGUUGGAAGACCAGGGGGGGUCAGGGACAGCACUCUCUCACUGGGAGAGCAGAAUAUUAGAAAAUGAAGCCAUGACAGGAAUUAUUUCAAGCUUUCCUGUAUUUUCUAACUUUACAUUGGCUCUGCUUGAAGACAGUGGGUAAGGGUUGAAAAAAUAUAACUGAUUA